CAUCAUUAUUAUUAGCCGAAUUGCGGAGUUGAUGCAGGGUAGUCUGCAAGAGCCGAUAGGAACUACUGCUGCAGGUACGGUACGGGUGGCCUUCGAAACGGUCCUCAUGUGGGAACGGCAGGUGCAACCCUCCAAGUGAGCCUCUUCAUUCACUCUCUAGAAAAUUUCAUCCACCUUCACUUUCAUCCCCCAUUUGCCUCCUCCAAGUACGCCACAACGAGCUGGUCGGGCGAGUCCAGCGAGCGGCGCGUGCUCUUUGUUGGUGGUCGAGCUCGUUGCUACGGUGAUCCACGCCAAAUGGACCCUGCACAAUCUCCACGACCCACCACCGCCGUCGCAUCUGGGGGCACAUCACCACUUGCACCCUAUUCCUAUCCACCCAGAACCACACCAGAGCGCCCGUCGUCCCUCUUCACCCUGGAUUCAACAGCCAUCUGGCUUCUCUGAGCAACCGCAUCCCAGCUCAGCAAUCCCCCACCCACGCCCACAAUGGCAGACAAUUACCAGGUCAUGGAAGAGCUCGGCAGCGGUAGCUUUGGCAAGGUAUUCAAGGCCAUCGAUCGCAGCACGGGCGAGACGGUUGCCAUCAAGCAUAUCGACCUCGAAGACAGCAGCGAAGAGCUCGUGGAUAUACAAGCCGAAAUCGCCCUUUUGAGCACUUGCCACAGCCCAUACAUUACCGAAUACAAGACCAGCUUUGUCAAGGGCGUCAAGCUAUGGAUCGUCAUGGAGUAUCUUGGAGGAGGCUCGGCCGCAGACUUGCUGGCACCCGGUCCCCUCAACGAACCCCACAUCGCCAUCAUGUGUCGAGAGCUUCUGCUCGGACUCGAGUACCUGCAUUCGACGGGCAAGAUCCAUCGAGAUAUCAAGGCCGCAAACGUCCUCCUCACCGACCAAGGCAGAGUCAAGCUCGCUGAUUUUGGCGUCGCCGCACAAUUGACCAACAUCAAAUCACAGCGCAUGACGUUCGUGGGCACGCCGUUCUGGAUGGCACCCGAGGUGAUACAAGAAGCUGGCUAUGACUUCCGCGCCGAUGUUUGGUCUCUAGGGAUAACUGCCAUGGAAUUGGCAGAGGGUGCACCGCCAUAUGCUGGAGCCCACCCCAUGAAGGUCCUCUUUACCAUUCCCAAGAACCCAGCGCCUCGGCUAGAGGGCGACCAGUGGAGUAAGGACUUCAAGGACUUCAUUUCUCAGUGUCUUAUCAAAGACCCGGAUCGACGUGCAACAGCAAAGGAGUUGCUAAAGCAUAGAUUCAUUCAACGUGCAGGCAAGGUGGAAGCACUACGCGAGUUGAUCGAACGCAAGCAAAUGUUCGACGCCCAGAGGGAGCAGCAGGCGUCCUCACAUGUCAAGUACUACGAGGAGACCAUGGUCAAUUUCUCACCAAGGGCCGAAGAAGACGAAUGGGUCUUCGACACAGUCAAGCCUGGCACUGUUGCUCCAGCACGUCAAACAGCGAGGCGACGCAAGCAGGCACGCAUACCCUCUUCGGGUACGGAUUCAGUGUCGGCCGCUAUGCAACAUAUGGACCUUCACGCAGCUCCUCUUGGCAACGUCACAGACUCUCCGAUGCCAGAGCGCCGUCGAGUAUCAUCGCGGAGGGUGUCCCAGGCUACCGCCUUCCGAGUUUCUUCGGGAACUGCUCGUCGUGUUAGCAACAAGCAACCCCUGGGUGUGGAUCUCACCUUCGGUAACUCUCCCUCAACUGUACGCCAUUUCAAGCGAGUAUCAUCUAGAGAGCGUCGUGAGGGGCUUCGUGCAAACCCUCCCAGCAACCAAGGCAACCCGAGCAAUCAGUCUUUCCAACCCAACCCCGAGGCCCGAACAUUUCGCCUAUCACCGCCCACCUCGAACCACCCUCUCGACGUGAACAACGAGAAUGAGCCACCAGCUCUUGAGUACCCGCCAAUGCCCAUCACCAAGGAAGCACUCUACGGCCGUCGCGCCUACAGCAAGGUCCUCGAUUCCGUAUUCCAGGAAGCGUAUGCUGAUUCUGGAUCGCCUCAUCAGCGAGAAGCCAUCGGUCGAGUUCACCAAUCAUGGGCCAGCCUCAACGAAGCCGACCCUCAGGGCGAAUUUCUACUGUUAAAGGCCAUGGUCGACCGACUGAAAAAUGACUCGAAGCUAGCCUCCGCCCUUGGGAUCGAGGUCACUCCUACACAAUCGCCACACAAAUCACCCCGGAAGCACAACACCAACACCAGCGAAACGAGUUUGGGCGGCACUACUGUCCAUGGAACAAGCACAACACGCAUCCGAUCCAGCACCGCGUCAACAAGUAGUUCGUCCGUUAGCAAAGAUUCGGAGGAAUACGAUCGUACUCCGACGUCGACACCUUCGGGCUCUCCCAUGAAGGGUGCAAAGCUUGUGCUGGCUCAGAAUAACCCGCAUCUCAAGUCGCACCGGCGCCGUCAGAGUGCGUUUGGUUUCGGCGAAAAGACCUAUAGUGCUGAUGGUCAGGGCAUGCUGAACGAGAAGAAGCUGCCGGGUCAUGUGGAGAAGGGUAUGGAACAGCAGGGUCUCCUUGCUGAUAUUCUUUACGGGCAGUGGAUGCAGGGCCUGCGAAGCCGUUGGCCUGUCACAUAGCCUUGGGUGGCUGCUGCUCAGCAUCCUUGCUUCCAUAUCUGCUAAUGGAUACGUAAGAUGAUGAGAGUGUUUUGCAUAGCUUGCGUAUUGCAUUCUUGCAUUUACUUGCUCUGACUACCGUGCCACUGUGCCGGUAGCUUUUAUCAGGUCUUUCUUUGCAGCAUCGAUGAAUCACGAUUACGGCUGACGAGCUCAUGGCUAUGAAUGAGUGUUCGUUGAUUUCUGCAGUCACCUCACGACAAAGAAGCUUAAUCUUGUGCUCAUUUGCAUACACAACGGCGUUUCUGGGGAUUUUGUAUCGUCUUCAAAAGGAAGCGAUUGUACUCGGAUACUAUGUGUAGAUAGACUUGAGCUGUGUAAUACAAUUAUGACUACUGUGUACGUCAAUUUGGACGAUAAUUGACAUUAAAUGGGAGUGUACCUAAUUGAAACGUCCGCC